AAAAUCGCGUAAUAGUUAGUGUUUGAACCGUGGUAACGAAAAACCUAACAAAAUUAUCAGUGAAUUUAUAACUAAAUUUUGGUGUAAGUUGCAAGGCAGAAAAAAUCUAUGUUUUACUUUGAUUUUGCACUAAUCAUUGUCGUAAACCACCUUUCUUCUCGAUUUGGAUUCUUGGAAACAAAAAAAGAUUAAUGAUUUGAUUCAAUCUGAAAUGAAAUUUGUUUUAUUGUUGAUGUUUGGGUGUUAAUCAGUUGUUAAUCGGAUGAUUAGAAGUGUUUGGUCGAUGUUGAGUAGUUAAAUGGAAAGUGUUAGAUGUAAUAUUUGUUGCUGACUCAGCUAUAUGUAGCAUUUAAAACUUGAGGAUUGAGGAAGAAGAGCAGUGAGCGCACGUACGGAAGAUACGCUAUAUCGAUCACAGACUGUUAAUAAAAUAAUAGAGACCAAUGUACAUCACAACCGCAGGUUUAUUAAAUAUGCGUUCUAUUCAAAACAUGCGAUGUAAGUAAGCAUCAUAAGUAGGUAAAUUACCCGCUCGCGAGUGUAUAUAUUAAAAGUAUAUAUUAUAAAGUAAAGAUGUUAUUGAUCACCAGGAUGUUGGGGUCUAGCCACGUGUUCUUAUGUUCUUGUAGAGUCUUUCAGUUAUUCUUUACUUUCUACCACUAUUGAUCUGUAAUGGAAUAACGAAGCUGCCCCCAAUGUUGAAGAUACCCGCACGUUUUAAACAAUGUGACCUCAGUGUAUCCCUUGCCUUUGAUUAUUGUGACUGCAUUGUCAACAUGGGUACAAGGGCUGCUGCAUUUACAGCCAAAAUUCGCAGCCUAUAUGACUACCAACUACGGCUCAUGCAAGGAGUCAUGCCCCCUCCAUCCGGGGUUGACAUAGCAAACACAAUCAAAUAUUUCUCGCAAACUCUUUUAACUGUUCUCAAAGAUGUACCUAAUUCUCCAUUUGAACUCCUUAAAAAUCCAGACAUGGACACUGUCAGAAUGGGACUCUUUCCCAGUUUAGAUUACAAAGGACUUUAUAACUCACUCAUUCCUUUGAUAGAGGUUGCGCCACUCAUCACCUAUGGGAUACUUCCAUUUGGUCAGUCUAUGCUCCAAUGUCUAGGCUGUCUUCUACCAUUUUUGGAACAUGAUCUAAUUGAUAAUUUGCUAUAUUUAGCUGCAUCUACAAUAUCAGUUCUUCCACAAAACUUACAUCAGGAAAUUCUUAACACAUUAUGUUUCUAUAUCUUACCUUUUACAAUAACAAGGCAUAGUGAACGUGAUAAUGAUAUCUGUCAAUCUGUAUCAACUGUCAUAAUGAUGGUAUUCCAAUAUUCAACAAAUCCUGCACAUCACUGCCAAUUAUUGGAAUGCCUUAUGACGUUGAAACAGAACAUUUUAAAAGAUAUUCUCAGUGUAAUAGCCUACGGUACCUCAACAGCUCGAUCGUCAGCAGCUAAAUUGUUAUUUUAUUAUUGGCCAACUUUCAAUGCUAAUUUGUUUGACCGCAAGAAUCUCAUAUGCAAAUUUGCAGAUCCUACUCCUUUUGUUUGUCAACGAGACAUGUGUCCGAACACAGGAAACGCGGAAGCUGCCAAAGUUUGUUAUGACCAUUGUAUAUCUAUAACUUUCGCAAGUGAUACACCACCACCUCUCUAUCUUUGCAUUGAAUGCGCGAAUGAAAUCCACAGAGAACACCCCAACCAGAUGUUUUUCGACAUCCUUCACCCUAUGCAACAGGUAUCGAUGGUAUGCGAAAAUAAGAACUGCAGGUCAACCGAUAAAUCAGCAAUAUCUAUAUGUUUUUCAACGGAAUGUGCUAGUUACAACGGUAAUCAUCCAAUAAGAUACUGCGAACAGUGUCACAACAACAGACAUAACAAUCGAAGAGGUGGUGACCAUGUUGUACAUAAAAGUAUUCCACCAACAUGGUCCAUGGAAUCUGAAAUGCAGACAUAUAUGGUUGAAGCAAUUGUAAGUUUACUUAAGGAAGCCAAAGUACCUCAAUUAGAAAAUAAAGAAGAAAAGAAGGACGAAGUGAAAGAAGGCAGAGAAAGUAGAGAGGGCAAAGAAAGAAAAAGUCCUGUACCAGUAUUAGAUAAUAUAACCAUAGAGGAAAGGCAACUUUUAGGACGGUAUGGUGUGUGGUUACUAGUAGGAAGAUGUACACCUACAGAUAAUACAUCGGUGGAAGUUUUGGGUCGUCUACUAACUAUGAUUUUCCAUUGGUUUCACAUGACAGCCUACUCGUAUGAUGGACAAGAAGAAAGUACUUUAGAGAAAUUAAAGACUGAAAUCGUAUGUAACUGGCUAAGAAGCAUUAGCCAGACUCAUUACAACCUAUUUAUUUCUUGCCUUUUACCCCAUCCUCCUGAGUACGCCCGAAUUGGGGGACACUGGGACAUUCUAUCAUCAAGAACCACGCAUUUAAAAGACGGACUGAACAGACUGUUUUGUCUAGUCCCGUACGAAGUGAUAACUCAAGAGAUUUGGGAUUACGUAAUGCCUCACUGGAUGGAAGCUAUUGUAAAUGAUGUGCCAGAAAAAGAAUUAUUCGAACUGCGAAUUAUUUUAAGUAAAAUUCUGGAUACAGAAAUGAGUCCAUUGGGAUUUAAUUCAAAAAAGAUGUAUCAGUUUGUUUCUGUCAGAUUUCAAAAAACCAGUGCUAAAGUACAGCAGCAGGCACUGCAAUGGUUACAGACUCUUACCUUACUGGAAAUUUUAAUUCCUUUAAAUCUAUUAUUUACUAUCUUUGGAGAAGGUGUAUCAUACAUGAAAGAAGGUAUAGUGGAAAGCGAGGGUGAACCAGUAACAUCUCACGAUUUAGAGAUACCUGGUAGGCCAGAAAAAGAACAGAAAAGAGGAUCUAUUUAUGAGGAAAAUCGCUUAUCACCACAAGCAGAAUUCGAAACAGACGCCGAACAUAACCUAUUCUGUUGCUUACUCAUGCUAGACAUCUUACUGAAGCAAAUGGAACUGCAAGAUACAGAUAAGCAUACCGGAUUGAAUUCAUCGCUUUGCAAAGAUGUUUGUUGGUUGCUGAAGUGUAUGAUUACAGCAGCGUGGAUAGGGAAUCACUCAUGUUCAUUAAAAUCUGAGUGUACUUACUGUGAAUCUAGCAUCAUGUGGCAUCAAUUAUCAUUACAAUUACUGAAAUACCUUUCACCUAUUCAUCCAGCUCAUCCACCUGAUCCCCCUUUGGAAGAAAACUACGAAGACGCUCAUAGCCGAAAGAGUCCUCCAGAGAGUGACAAGAAAGAAGCGAAAAGUGACGCCGUUAUAAGCAUGCCAAUACCAGAAGUACACUCUGUCGGAGGAGUUAUAGUGCACAUGCCACACGUGUGUUCUAUCAUGACUGCAACUGUUGAGACCGUCUCGGAACAAUUAGACUUACCUAUUAUUCCAGUCGAAAGGGUGCCAGCGGGUUUCGCUAGAGCUAUAACUUUAUCCGAAUCAGACGUAGCUAUGGCGAAAGCCCAAAUAGUAAAAGCGCAAGUCAUAGGGGAAAAUGAUGAACCGGUCGAAACUGAUUCAGGAGAUGAUGUCGACAACUUCUGGCAAACUUCCGUUGGGAAAUUUAAAUUUUCCGUACCAGAUCUACCGCAACCUUUACAGUAUAUACACCAACUACUCCAGGAAUUAUCAAAAGUGGACAAACCAGAUGUUCUUUAUUAUAUGUUACAGUGUCUGAAUGUUUUGAUAUUACAUGGGGACGCUUGCACGAUUGCUUCCAAGGAGCAUAGAGGAUUUUUUAUAUGGUGCCAAGAAAAUUUGCUUAUUAAAAAUUUGUGGGAACUUUGCAAUUCGAAACACUCACAUAUUUGCCAAACUGUCGUUCCUUUACUUUUGCACUGCAUCACUUUACCAGCUGGGUCUGACGUAUUCUGGAGAGUCAUACAAGAAGCAUUCCACAGUAGCAAUUGGUGUAUCAGAUACACAGCAGUCGAAAGAGUCACUGUUAUCACCAGGUUCAUGGAUUCCAGCCCCUUGCGUAAUGUACACCAACUACAGGCAGCGCUUGCUAAUGCGUUUUGUUAUUUAAUAUCUAGCAUGGAUGACAACAAUGUAUGUGUAGCUCAAAGAGCUACUCUUUAUUUGGGGACCAUCCACGAUGCUGCUGUUAAGUCAUUGAUCAUGUGUUUGGAAACACAGUUCGAUUCUGUCAUAAUGGACCGUCCAAUGGUCCUACAAUCGCUAUAUCAACUACAUAACUCUUUAAGCGAGCGCAAAAUUAUGACAUGGGAUUUUUUCCUGAACCGUUUCGACACUCUCUUCAUAGAAGCACAAAUAACUCUAGAAAAAUCCGGUGAGAUCAGCUAUUUACGAGAUUUAAGGAAUUCCGAUUCAAACAGCGAAACUUUACUAAGGAAAAUUCAGAGGGCACACGAAGCUUUAUCUCAAUGUGAUGGAAGCGCGAAGACCUCGGUGAAGACUUUAAUUGCUAGUUUUGGAACCAAAUGGCCUUACAAACGAACCAUGUCUGCACCAGCUUCUAUAAUAACCAGACACGAAAACAAAGAAACAAAGGAGAAGGUGUACAGUCGCCAAUAUUCAGCGCCAAUUUUAAAAAGGAAAAGUUCUCGAUUCGGACUAGAUGGCCACAUGCAUUCGCUGAACGUAGUAGAUGACCAAAACAUCACAGCCUUUCUUCAAAGGGUCAUAGACUUGGAGGAAGCCGAUAAAGAAACUAUGCAUCUCUUGGUGUUUCUCCUUAUGCAGUUUUUGUCCCGAUCUGACCAGGCAUAUCCAGCUGAAGAAAAGAAUUUAGCAAAAACUCAAGGGAUAGUAUUGAGACAUCUUUAUCUCCUGUUAGGGUAUAGUCAAAAUGAUAGAGGACUAUACUUACCACCUCAGCGAUUACGAUCGUCUCCAGCAUUUAGCGUUUUUCUUUCAAAUUUACCUCAACUUAUGGAUCAAAACCAUUUGAUGGGACGUCUACUGCUUCCUACCUGCCUUAUUCUACUUCAAUAUGCCCCUUCUCCGUAUUAUAUUCCCAAUACUAUGGAAUUUCAACAACCUACGUACAGUCUUUGGGCUUUGGAAUCGCAUUUUCGUAAAAACUGGCUCAUGUCCCUCGUGGUUUUAUUAUAUAAGUAUCAAUACAAUCAGCAGCCACAUUGUAUGCAGCUUACAUCAUUGAUAAGGAUAGUAUUAAAUACUUUAGACUCUCAACAUCAUCAUUGCAGAAGAAUACCAGCCACAAUCAUAAUGGGACAACCCCCUUCUAGAUCCAGAGAUGUAAGUCAACCAUCUCUAGGGGCAGAAAUGGAACACCCAGAACGUGCAACACCUCCACCCUCACCAAUAUAUUCCUCAGAUGGACAAUCGAUCCAAGUUUCAGGUAGUUCUAGAUGUGGAAAAAUCCAAGUGGCAUACGGCAAACCAACUUCAGCCACAAGUAUGGAAACCCAUUGGGAAGAAGCUAUUCACUGCGUUCAUCCCGAAAAAAGAGUUAGGAAGCUGCCGGAAAUGAGUAUUGAUGAUGACACCGAAUCUGAAUUAAUUGUAAUACCGGAAAGCGAUAUGUCGGACAGCACGCUCCAAGGAAGUGUCCAAGGUUCUUUUGAUGAAGGAAUAACAGAUAGCGGUUGCGAAAAUUACGUAAGAUCUCCUAAAGAUACGUACAUCAAUCCCUUGGUUAAAUUACCUAAUAAGAGUAGACCGACGUGGACCAUAGGAAGCGAAGAAGACUCUUCCAAAUCUAAUGACAAUAAAUUGCAUCAUUCGGAGCUAGUUAAACAUUGUUCCAAGUUGAAUUCAUCGUCUUCUGUCAACGGGAUUCAAGUAGCCAAAACUGUAACUAUAGAUUUUCAUAAACAAGUUGCUUCAACGUUUGUUGAUACUUAUCAUUCAGGAAAACCAAAGCACAAAAAAAUUAUUGAGCCGAGUAUUACCCCGGUUGGUACUCCCGUUUCAGACUGUGAUGAUUGCUAUAGAAAUAAUCACGGGGUUCUACCUACACCUUCUCUAGAAAGAUUAUUACCGAUUGGAUCAUCUAGAAUACUAGAUUCGCCUCUUCAAGACGAUGUUUUCGCUCCAGCUCUUGAUUCGCAAUUAGAAAUUCCUAAUCAAGAGCGAUUAUUACCAAUUGGCCAGCACCCAACUCCUCAACUAUUAGAAAAAUUAAAGCAAGCUUUAGGUAUUAACACCCAACUAGCAACAAAGGUAGAAAGUAAAAAGUCAGAAAAAUUACCAGACCAUCAUCCCCAUCCAACAUCUUCUCAUUCUCACAGCCCUAGGAAGUUAACCAAACAAGUUGCAUUGGAAAGUCCUCCAAAUCAAUCAGAAUUUGACGAAAAUGGCCAUUUUAAAUCGAUAAAAAUGGAAAAUCAAAGGGAUUUAAUGCUAAAUCACAGACAACGUAUGCGCAAAGUAGGUCCUUUUGCGAUGAAUUCCUAUUCUAUACAUGAUCCCCGAAAGCCUGGUGCCUGGCUAAGUCCCCUAAUGUCGCCAAAACUCGAAGAAUUUGAUAUGAAACAGAGUUCAUUCAGGAUUGGUGACGAUUGCGUUACGGAAAGAUGUUCGGAAUGCGGACUAGUCAAAGAAGAAUACAGCGACGAAGAGAUUGGACUCUGUAUUGUUACGUUAGGAACUUUUAUACACCGAGAACCUGCGCUUGCUGCUCCUAUGCUGCCCGAUAUUCUUAGCAUUGUGGCUAAGGUGGCAACGAAUGCAAGGUAUCCCUGGCAAACAGAAAGUAAUAUUCAUUUGCCUGGUGGAGCAAUAAGUGUAGCACAUCAAUUUUUACGAUGCGUUUUACACCAACUAGCACCGAACGGAAUUUUCACGCAGAUGUUCCAAACAAAUGCUCCUGAAAAUAUCAAAGUACAAUUUUUUAAGAGUGUUAUUCAAGCAUUAAUUGAUUUCAACGAAUUAAAUCCAGUAGCUCCCAUUCAACUUUUGUUGGAAACGAUGAACUCCAAAAAGACAUUGCCUGUAGAUAUAUUGCCUACUAUUUUACAAAACAUGGCAUGUUAUUUGAACUGCCUUCCUCUCGAAGUUGCCUUAGGCGCCAGCACGCCAAUGUGGGGUACUGUAUUGCAACAAGUAGAAGUUUUAUACAGAAAAUUGGUAUUUUUGUUAAAUACUAUGGAGGAUUUGUUGCCUUUGUUGAAAAUUAUGUCUUCUUUAUUUAAAAUUCCUUUAAUAUCUCAAUUCAAGGGACUCUUGGAUCCGUUUUCUAAAGUCCUGAGUUAUGCAAUACAAACUCAGACCUUGAAAUAUGGUUGCCUUAUUGAAAUUUGUUAUUUGUGUUACAAAGCAUUUGCGAAGGAAAGAGACAAAUUAUAUCUAAGUCGCAUGGUUGUAUUUGAAUUGGUUCAAGCGCUCAAAUUCAAAACUACAAUUCCAGAUUCCAAUCUAUUAAUGUUGAUAAAUCUCAUUUUACAGGAUAUAGGGGGCUCUAUUCCAUCAAAUGUUGUAAUAAAAGACUGUUCUUCUUUAGCAUUAGAAUACGGGCCAGGAUUUACAACCGGUAUAUCCGACUGUAUGAAAUUAAAUCUAGGCGAUAUUUUAGAAUUUUUAACAGAUUUUCAUGCCAUAUCCAAAAUGAAGAGCUAUUGUAAAGGAGUUAGUGUCGGUUUAAACGACGACACAUUAGGUGGUAUCAUAAAAUGUAGUCUUGCUCAAUAUUUAGCAUUAGAAAUAACAAAGGGUAAUGGUAGAGAUAAUAGAGCUGUAACACGAUACUUUCCCUGGUUAUGUAGCACAUCAAUAACGCAACAAAGUCCCAGGGAAUUUGUAGAAUGUAUAGGCCAUAUAAGACUCCUCUCUUGGCUUCUAUUAGGAUCUUUAACACAUACGGCAUUACAGGGUAACAGUAACUGUCAAAUUUUAAGUCAGCCGAUUCCUCAAGAAGCUUCUUGUCAAAUUGCCGAUCAUAUUCAAGUCAUAAUGGCUGGAUUUGCCGAACAACCAAAAGCAUCCGUUUUACACAUGUCGUCUUUGUUUCACACGUUCAUAUUGUGUCAGCUCUGGACAAUCUAUUUAGAACAAGGUUUAAGUAGUAACAUACCAAUAACAGAAGCAUAUAACGUAACCAUGAACAUUCUUUUCGAUUUUUGGGGCAAAGUAACACCCUGCAUUUUACAACUUAUUCAGCAAUCGAAAAUGCUCUGCGAAAUAGUGAGUCUACAUUUUUUAAGUAUGUUAGAGGCAUUACUGGAAUGCCAAUCGACGUUUGUAGGAAAACUGUUACCAUUAUGGACACCUGUGCUUUGUUCCAAUCAAUUACAGUUACCAGGCCAUUUGCAAGUAAGACUGGAGAAUUGCCGUAAUUUUCCACCAACUAUCAUUCAUGAAGCUAUUCCUGAAAAGUUAAAAGUGGCGAAUUUGCACAACCCGAUGCUACUCAAAUGGCUUCAGAGACUCCAAUUUAAAAUGGGACAAAUAGAAUUGCAAUCAUCGACAGCAACACAAUUCUAUUCAUUGUAAAUAACCGCACAUGUUAUAUAUGUAUAGGUAAAAGGGUGGGCCACCGAUAACGCCUCGGUCUGUAGAGCUAAACCUAUUUGAUAUUUUUAAAUGUUUUCACAGCGAGAUGUAUACCAAAAAAGGCAACAAUUUAAAAUUAAUUUCAGUUAUACAUGGUUCUCCAAGAAAGUGAUACAUAUCCAAUUUAGAUUUUUUUUAAUGUCCUCUAUUUUAUUUUAUAUAGAGAAAGUAAAAGUUGAAAAGUCUUUUGGUAGGUAGAGAGGGGGUAAACGUCAAAUCACGUCGGGCGACUCCGAGAAUUUCACAGUAAUGUUUACCUGCCAGUGUCGUUUCAUAGAAUAAGUAAUUUUAAAUUGUUAUCGGCGGAACCGGACAAUCGCAUGUAUUUAUGGAUUAUAAAUAAUUAUUAAACAUGUAUUAUAAUAUUCUAAUUAUAAUUUUACAAAAUUUCAACAGCUAUUCACAAUUUAUUAAACUAUUUACUCGAAAUUGUUAUUAACAUCUAUAAAAUAAUUUUGUACGCUAAUGUAUCGCGUCCACUUCGGUGAGAUCCGCUGACAACCUGUCAAUUUAUGUGUAUAAAGUGGGAGAACUGGCAAAAGCAUUUCCAACUUUUACUUCUGUUCUAUUUGAAUUGCUCUCGUUUUUCCCAUUAUAACAGUACCAAAUAAAAUGGGAUUAUACAGGGUAUUUCACAAGCUAUAUAUGAAAAUCGUAUUGAUUUCAACGAUCUGUUUACUGCAAAAUAAACAAUUGAAAACCACAGUAAAAGUUUUUCGAUAUUAUUCAACAUUUAUGCCGACACACUCCCUAUAUCUAAAGUAAAUAAUUAUGAGAUAUUUUUAAAUUUAAAUGACAAAAACAAUUCUAAAUUACUUUAAUAUUAACUGGUCACUGGUUAAUAGUAAAUAGACUGUUAAUUGGUAAUAAGAAAUUAACCAGUUAUAAUUUAUUAUCGACUGAAUAAGUUUUUGACAAUACCUAAUGCGACUUUUACAUUCAGCAAAAAAAUAAAAAUAGCAACCAAAAACUUCUCAUAUUAUCUAGUUUAUUCUACUCGUAAUUUUAAUAAGUGUUAUUUUGACAGAUUUUAUUUAAUAAGAAAAGAUUUCUAAGUAGCUUCCAAUAAUAUUUAUGAAAGUCUAAAGGUCGUUUUCAAAUUAUUAGUUACAGUUGUUAAUCCACAUAAUACGUUAAUUAAGGAAUUACUGUAUUUGAACCUGUUGUUUUUGUUCAUGUUUACUGUUAUACAAUAAACAAUUUAGAGUGUACAGAAGUUAUUUUCCCGAGGACGCCAGGAAAACCUGUUUCUUUUGCAGUAUAGGAGUCAUUGAAUACAAUUUUCAUAUACAUAUUGUAUUGCACAACCCAACGUAUUGUUAUAAUGUAUAAAUGGACGACAAUUUAAAUAUAAAAUAAAAUACAGGGUGUCCCACUGAAAAACCCCAACUUUGAUAUGUAUCAUUUUCCUGGAGGACCCUGUAUAAUUGAAUUAUUUUCAAAUUGUUACCUUUUCUGAUAUACACAUUUCGCUGUGAAAACAGAUUUAAAAAAUCAAAUAGUUCUGGCUCUACAGACCAAGGCCAUACCGGUGGUCCAUGCUGUAUAAAAUUAAAAGUUCGGAUAUUUUUAUGUUCUUAAAAAGAAAAUACGAGUUUAUACAGAAAGUUGUAAUAAAUUAAAUAAAUUUUAUCAACAAUAACAAUUUUUAUUUAACAAAAUCCUAGAUUUCCUUUUUCAGCAAAUCCAUCAGUUCUCUGGAUGCUGCAGAGCCUAAAGGAUAUAGCUAAAAAAAUAAAAAUUACGAUAAUAAAAAGGGAAAUCAAAACAAUUAUUUACUCAAAGGUGGUUUAGUAGUAGGUUGUGAAUUUCAAAAUGUAUUAAUUACCUUUUGCAAAAAAUAGGCAACGUCAAGUUUUAUUUGUUCUCUAAUUUUCAUUUCGUCAGAUCCUGUAUCUGAUUGAUGAGCGAUCUCUUCUGAUACGGCGACAUUUCUAUUUUUUAAUCUUCUUAAAGAUUCCUCAGUUUUACAAACUGAUCUUAGCACACCUUGGACUAAUUUUAAAAACCUGAUAAAAAGUUGAAACAUAUUAAUUACUCUGUGAACAUAACAUAUUUAUACUUACUGUUCAGUAACUUCCAAAAUGACUUCAUUCAAAAUCUCAGUAGAUUUGUUGCUUAUGACAUGCUGGAAGGUACUGUGGAAGUUAAUGACAGGUUUCACAGCUUCAAUCAUAUAAGAACUAGGUUCUUUAGGUGUGCUUCUAUUAGUUCUUCUGUAUAAUCUUGGAAUAGCCCCGACACGAUGUAAAUGACUGCACAUCUCAUCUACUUUCAUUUUAACCAAAUUACUUUUCAAUGUAUCUUGAAUGUUGUCUAUUGAUUUUUUGUUUGAUUUUAUUAUGUUUGGUAUUAGGGAAACAACAUUUUUAUCAAAUAUUUUGAAAAUUGUUGCUUCAACGUCAGCUGGAUUCAAUAUUAGAGGGCAUAAGAAUUUUUCAACUAUGUUUAAAUCGAUCAAAGAGUCCAUUAUGAAUUUUUCUUUUGA